GAGAGCCGCGCGUGCGCAGUGCGGGCGGUGGAGGCGCGCCUAUGGGGUGCGUGCGGUACCUGAGGGCCCCGCCCCGCUUCGCCGAUCUCACGCUCGGAAAUGAGCUCGACCCCUUCCUGCAGAUGAACGAGGCUCCUAAAGAUAUUUGAAUGCCCACUGAUGUUCCGGAAAGCUUUAGCUGGUGUCUGGCUGCCGCAGAGUGGGAAUCCUUAUGGCAGCUCAGAUCUGUCCCCAGAACAUUUCUGCCUCCUUCGCUGUACGGUUUUGUCAGCGCUGCAGCUGCUGGUGUAGUUCGAAAGUGAUCCUUUCCCCUGCAACAGUUGCAACUGCUGUGGUUGCUCAUCUGCUGCUGUGACCUGGCUUUUACACUUGGUAACUGGUAGGACUUCUCACCCUCCUUUAAGGCUUUUGCAGAAACGGGGUGCAGAGGUUGAUUUCACACAUUUGCCUUCUUUUUUUAAAUACCAUCUCUGCAUUUUGGGCUGUGGGGUGAUCAUGGGAAGGUUGAAAUUCUGAGAAAAAGCAAGGGGAGGUUUUUUUUGUGUGUGUGUAUUGGAAGCUCUGAAGCAUGAUAACGAUUUGUCUUGACCUACCUUGAGUUCUCCAACAGCCACCAAUGACUUGUUUGAUCUCUGGAUUUUAACCAUACGUUGUGUCUUUGCAGACUUUGUGUCUACUCUGGUAGCUAAGAGCAGUUUUCACUGUAACUCCUGUCAUCAUUAAUCGUUUAAAUUGUGUACAUCUGCAAGUAUACGUAGGGGCCUUCAGCCCUCCAAGUGGAAGGUUGACGUGUACUGUCAGAACUUGAUUUCACUGGAGGUACAGGUAUAAGCUCUGCUUCAGUACAACACCCUCUCACCCCUAAAGCCUGCUGGCACAAGUAGCUAUAGCUUAAGGUGGUUGGUUUGGUGCUCUUACUGGACUGAUGAACUGCUAGACAUGAAGUCUAAUUCACACCAUUUUCACAGUAAAGCCCUGCCACCAGAAUAAAAAUGAUUUUAAAAGAGCAGUUCAAUAAUUGCAAGCUUCUUCUUAGUACAUAGUAAAAAGUUUUUUACAUAAGAAAAGCUUGCAAAUAUUGAACUGUUCUUUUAAAAUCUUCAUAUCUUCAUUCUUGUAAUACUUUAUAUCGGUGCAAGGUUGGGUGAAACUGUGAUAGAUUAAACCAAGCAGCUGGAUAAAAUUCCAUGCACAUUCUUGCAUCAGAUUUACAGAGUUGAUUUCAGGCAGCCUCGCAGACUGCUUGUAACCGUAUGCAAAUAUGGCAAGUAUAUAAUCAGAGAAGUCUGUGUCUAGUUCCUUCCUUGCCUACAGCACUAAUUUUUGAGGCUUUUGUGUUCCUGUGUCCUAGAUUCAUAAAGCAGUUUGGAUGUUCUGUCCUGCAGCUGUGUUGUGUACUAAGUACUGUGCACUGCAAAACGCUUCUGCAGUACAACUAGAGGUGCAGACAUGAUUUGUAUGCCCUUUGUUCGUAAAUAAGGUUUGAAACUAUUAUGCUCAAAAAAUAAAAUCACAAAAAUAUAUAUAUAUAUAUUUUUAAUAUCUUGAACAUAUUCAUAUUUGGAAGCUUAAGUAUCACUUUCUGACCCUGUUAACUGUAUGUGUAUAUUCACUUCAGUGCGUUGCCAUUACAGAACAACUUUAUAAUGACACUAAAUACUACAGAUGCUCUUGAAAGAUUUUUUUCUUCCUUUUAAAUAGUUGUUACAGAAAACUUUGUUGCACCUACAUAUUCUCUUAUACUUUAGAAGGAUUAGAAAAAACUGUGCAGUAUGAAGUGCCCAUCUUUACUCUGGUUUAUACCUUGUAGUUACAGCAUGCUUAUCAUGUACAGGCUGCAGACACCGAAUAUAAUGAUAUUUAGGGCACUUGCUUUUAAGCUUAUCUCUCCGUACAGAAGUAAGCAAAAUGGAAAGAUCUGAAUAAUUGGAAACACUUUGAUUUUUGAAACGCAAAUAGUAGAAAUAGUUUGGUAAAGAAAGCAGAGCAUGAAAGAGAUCUAGAACACAUAGCAGAAUCUAGAGUGAGGAGCACCUGAAAGUGAAGAUCUCUGUGGUUUGCUCUGAGAAAACUUGGGCCUCCAUGUUACUUUUAAAGUUGGAGUGACCUGUGUCUCUAGGAUCAUUCCAUACUACGCAUUCUGAUGAGGUAGGCCAGGGUCUUAAAGGGCUCCUGUGGUAACUAAACAUGGUUUAACCAUUGGUAGGUCACUGGAAGGUGUUACAGUACAUUUGGUUCUCACCAGUCUUAUACAACUCUGUGUCAUCUUCUGUCCUCUGUAGUGGUAAAGCACUGUUGGUUUCAAAACUGUCUAGAGAAAAAGCUCUGUGAAAGGUUUGGUGACUUACUCUAAAGUGAGUUCCUGUAUUUGUUCUAUCGAGUCUGUUAUGACUAACACAGGGAAACACUUUGUCACUAAAAAAUAUUUUUCUGGUCUGAGUAGCUGAUGAAGCUGACAAAUAUUGCUGCAGUGUGUUGCACCCAUCCAGCUGCUGGAUGGAAUGCUAGCAGCUAGAUUGAUAUAGUUAUUAGAAAUAGCUGAUUGCAGUUUUGGUUAGGUGUUACAUUGCCAGGAGGGUGGGAAAAAGAAAUACCGCUUGCAUUGUUGUCAGCCACCUCUGUCCUGCAUGCUGUAACAGCUAAAAUAAGUCUUCAAGAAAAUGUGAUUUUAUGUAUGUAUUUAUAUAUACACGUGUAUGUAUAUAUAUAUAUAUAUUUAAAGAAUUGAUGAGUGAUCAUAUAGUUAUAUUAAUUUCCUAAGGGAAAUUCUUUGUUGUUCUUCUUCAAACAUUUUCAGACAUGAGCAGUGAAGAAAUAGGCAAACAAGUAUCACUUUGUUAUUAUUAUUUAAAAUGAAAAAUGACUUUAUUUGGAUUUUUGUGCAAAUUAGUGCUGAUUUUUCUUGCUCAGCCUCCCUCCUUUAUUGAGAUUCUGAGAGUCCUUCACCCUGUGGCCUUGAACAUAACAAACAAAUCGUGGUUUGCAACUCCAGUCGUGUUGGCAGUGAUUUCUCUAAGCAAACAAAAAAACACAUUGAGGGUGUCUUCUUUAAUCUGUGUUGAGAAUGCUGCUUUCCUGCUGAAUCUUGAAUGUGCUUUUGGGAGUGGAGUGUUUUCAUGAUGUCUUUCUCUCGCUUUGCGCAAACCACAUCCAAUACAAUUCCAUUGUAGGAGCUCUUCACGAAUUGCUUGCUCUGUCAUUCCAUCAGAAGACAGCUGGAUGCAACUCUUCCAUCCUUGCUAUUGCACAAGUCUGUGAGUUUUUGUUGUAUGUAGUUCAGUGGGCUGACAAGGUGGCUUGAAAGAAAAAAAAAUAAAAAAAAUAAAAAAAAGCAGCAGAAGAUGUUUCACACUGUUCAGUAUCGACCUUCGAGACUGAUAGCCCAAAACAGUCUUUCUAAAAUUUGUUUAAAACUGAUGUUUUCAAGACUGGUAACAUUGGAACGGAUAUCAAAGUCAUGGUUCUCAAGCCAUUCUCUUGUUGGAAAUAAGAAUAUUAUCCUGAUGGGACCUCCGGGUGCUGGGAAAACAACAGUUGGGAGAAUAGUAGGUCAGAAACUAGAUUGCCCUGUCAUAGAUAUAGAUGAUGAUGUCCUUGAAAGAACCUGGAAUAUGAGUGUGUCAGAAAAACUGCAGGAUGUUGGUAAUGAGCAAUUUUUAGAGGAGGAAGGAAAAGCCCUUUUGAGGUUUUCAGCAUCUGGAAGUGUCAUUUCCCUUACUGGGUCCAAUCCAAUGCACACUGCUGGCAUGCAGCAUGUGAAAAGAAAUGGAAUAGUUGUGUAUCUUGAUGUGCCCACAGUGGUCAUUAUGAGUCGGCUGAAGUCAAUGAAAGUGGAUCGCAUUGUGGGCCAGGGUCCUGCUGCUUCUCUUAAGGACAUACUUCAGUUUAGGAAGCAGUUCUACAAAAGGUGGUACGAUGUUCGUGUUCUUUGUGGGGGCAAUAUGGCAGCAGAGGUUGUAGCAGAAAAGGUGCUUGAUGCUGUGAAGAGAUACCAAAACUCAGAAGUGGAAACUUAUGUUUCAACUAGGAGUACGCAAAAAAACUCUCACAAGUAUUUCAGUGAUGUUGUUGUUGAAGGCUUAGCCUCAGAUGGAGGACUUUUUGUCCCUGAGAGAGGACUUCCAGUGUUGACUGCUGAAGAAUGGCAAACUCUAAUAGGAGCAACUUAUGCUGAAAGAGCCCAGGUGAUACUAGAGAGAUGCAUACAUCCUGCUGACAUUCCUGCUUUCAAACUGAGAGAAAUUAUUGGAACUGCAUACGGAGAAAACUUUACUUGUUCUAAAAUUGCCCCAGUUAGACAUUUGACAGGCAAUCAGUUUCUCCUUGAGUUAUUUCAUGGACCAACGGCUUCAUUUAAAGAUCUUGCGUUGCAGAUGAUGCCACAUAUAUUCGCAUACUGCAUUCCCAGGAGCUGCAAUUACUUGGUUCUGGUAGCUACUUCUGGUGACACAGGGAGCGCUGUCUUAGACGGCUUUAGUCGUCUCCAUGACACUGACAAACAGAGAAUUGCUGUGAUGAGUUUUUUUCCUGAAGAUGGAAUAAGCCCAAUUCAAAAAUCACAGAUGAUUGGUUGUCAGAAAGAGAACGCCUGGUCAGUAGGUGUCAAAUCUGAUUUUGAUUUUUGCCAGACUGCUAUGAAGAAAAUCUUUACCAACUCGGAUUAUACUGGCUAUCUUACAGUAGAGUAUGGCACUGCUUUAGCAGCAGCAAACUCCAUAAACUGGGCACGAUUGCUUCCUCAGGUGGUUUACCAUGCUUCUGCAUACCUCGAUCUUGUUCAUCAAGGUAUUAUUACAUUUGGAGACCCCGUAGAUGUUUGCAUUCCUACAGGGAACUUUGGCAAUAUAUUGGCUGCCUUGUAUGCCAAAAUGAUGGGAAUCCCUACUAGAAAAUGCAUUUGUGCUUCCAAUGAAAACAAUGUUUUGACAGACUUUAUAAGAACAGGUAUUUAUGAUUUGAGGGGAAGAAAAUUAGUUCCAACUUUUUCACCAGCAGUGGAUAUUUUGAAGUCCUCCAAUCUUGAGCGAUACUUGCACCUGAUUGCUGAUGGUGAUGGACAGCUGGUGACGCAGUUAUAUAACUGGCUGGAAAAUCAGGGCCACUUUUGCCUGCAGAAAGACCUACUUGAAAAGCUUCAGCGGGACUUGGUGGCUGGGUGGUGCUCUGAGGAAGACUGCCUUGCUGCCAUUCACUCUGUCUACAGCACUACAGGAUAUAUUCUGGAUACACACACAGCUGUUGCUAAAGUAGUUGCAGAUCGAUUACAAGAUAGAACUUGUCCAAUUAUUAUUUCAUCUACAGCUCAUUAUUCUAAGUUUGCACCUGCUAUCUUGAGGGCCUUGAGGAUUACAGAAAUAAAACAAAACCCAUUAAGUCAGCUUCACUUGCUGAGUUCCUACAGCCCUCUGCCUCCAGUCCACUGGGGCCUAUUAGCGACCCUGAAAAAGAAUGAGAAUGAGGGUCACCGGGUCUGUGCUGCUGAUUUAAGUAUGUUGAUGUCUUGUAUAGAAACCUUAAUUCAAAAUCAUUUUAUGAAAGUUUUCUGAGCAACUGGUCGGCUGUAUACUGUGUCAUUUGUGGUACCCUGACAAACUGCAUGUUUUAAUAAAGUCAUGAUUUAUCUGGCCUGUGUCCAGUUCACAGCGUAACAUCCACAGCUGUAUACUCAAUUGUCCGAUCUUCAGCAGUAUUCUUAUUCUUAUGCAUGUGAGAUUUCUAGUAGCAUGGAACAGUUCUGAAUGGAGAGACUGGAAGCCUGGAGUGUUCUUGCAGGCCACAUGCCUUAGGGACAGCAGCAGAGCAGGCUUUUCUUGGUAGCACUGUCUCCUUCACAAGCUGAAGCAUUCUCCCCUGAAGGAGGGAGGUAAUGAGGUCUGACCUGAAGCUAACAGCUCUAGUUUUGUGGCAAGAAUGAUGUGAUCACCUGACCAGGAGGUGAUCAAUUAAAGUUUAACUCACUUCACUUAGGACGCCAAAACACAGCAAGAUAGCGGUGAUGCUCAGAUAUUACCAGUGAAAUGUGAUUUCACUAUAAAGAUUAAAGCAUACGUAUUCUGUUAAUCUUUGAACUGUGUUAUUUUAUGGUAUGCUACUUUCUUGUAUGAUGUUCUUUUUAUGUUUUGUGAGGCCAACAUUUGUGCAAAGCAUCUGGUUAUUUUGUUUUUCAGACAUCUUUCUUAUUCCUUCCAGAUGUUUUUCUGCAUAUUGAUGGAGUCCUUUCUUUAAUAUUUAUAACUUUUGAGAUACAGCUCAUUCUCUAGUGUGCCAGUAGUCUUUUCUAGAUCUUUUCUAGUUUAACUUUUUGACAUUAGAAUACUUCUUUAAUGCUAUUGACUAGUGUUAGCAUCAGUCUUCCUAGAUAAGAUCUAAACUUAAGUAUUUAUUUACAUUUAUUUAUUGUAUUCUAUUUUUUUCAUAGAGUUCAUAUAGCUUUCUUUUUCUAAUUCCUUCUGUUGACGUGUGCAUUUUUUAGAUUAAUGUUCUCAACAUUCUGUCUUUGCAUGGAUUACAGCGAUGAAGUGUCUCAGAGGUCUUGGUAGCUCAUCAAGUAGAGUGAAGGAUGAACUUCAAUGCCUGGCAAAUGCAAUAGCAUCAGAGGUAUUCAUUGUGCAGCCUGAAGUAGGUCUCUGCUAACAGUCUGUCUGUGCUAAUGACAGGCUCUGUGCUGGUUGUUUUUUUUAGUUGUUUUAUUUUUUUAAUUUAAAAAAAACUAGAGCAUAUUGCCUGAGGAGAUCGUAUGGUUGUGGGCAAUCUUACUCUGCUAAUUGUGGACUAUAUUUAUCAAGAGCAGGAAAUAUAUCUACAUUUCAUGCUAUGAGAAAUACUAAGAUAAGGUAUUGGCAAGUUGUGAAUGGCAGCCAGUUACAGGUAAAGAGCUGGGAGAAGUCAGAUGGGAGUAUGUAUACCAAGAUUCAGAAGGAGAAAGGUAUUGGCAAGAGAGGUGGUAAUUGGUGACAUUUUGCCUCUUUGAGAAGCAGCAUCUCAUUUAUGUCAGGACUUGAUCUCUUGCCAAAAUAUAGAGACAAAACAGUGCACAUAGAAUCAUGCCUUCCCUUCUGUUGUGUGUCUGCUUGUACUUUCUGCCACAUCAGAGGUGCAGAAAACACUAUUCAGCAAACCACUUGAAAAAAUUCUCCAUUUAUGUAAUAUUCCAUUGUAAACUGAAAGACCCAACAUGAUGUGCAUUUGCCACGGUGAAUAUGUUGUAUAAUAAAGUUAUAUGUAGCUGAUAAAGGUGUGAGUGACCAAAUAGCUUUUUGGGUGCUGCCAUUUUUGGAUGCCCUUCCAAGAUCUGUCACAUUACUUUUUUUGUUCAGACCUUAUUUCUUAUUUCUGCAGUAACUUCAGAAAAUCUUUUUCUAACAUGAGAAUGAUCAUACAAUAUAUGAUUUUAAAAUGUUGUGUAAGUAUGCUGCCAAAAAAGAAGCAAUGUGUAGGUGAUUAGAGUCCAUCUACUUUGCAUUUCUGAAUUUAUCACUUUGGUUCUUAGAUUAGUCCCAAGUGUAACACUACAAUACAUGAGUUCUAAAUUUCUAAAGUUUAAAAAAAAAAAGUCAGGUUUCCGUUACUGAGAUGGGAAUGGGUUUCAGUGUAAGGACUUGGGGAAAUUCUGUACUACUUGGUUCCAUGAAGCUUAGUGUUGUAUGUUACCAUAAGGCACUUUGUCACACGCAGUUGCAAUGCAGUUCUUGAAGUACUUCCAAAGACAAGCUUGUUUUCAUAGGAAGUACUUGAAAGAGAAAAGCUGAGGUUCUAAAAAAGAUUAGGCUAAAAGACUCUGACCUACCUGGAAUUAACUGAUUUUUAGAUAGUAACAACUAAGCAACAUAUCUAACAAGAUCUAUUUUGGCAUGACUCAAGCAAUCAAUAUUUCAAAGUUCAUGUCUGUAGCUCAAACUUGGUUUGAAGGGGAAAGUAUUAGUGAAAUUCCUAUUUACAAUGUUUGACAUGGUAUGAAAAUAUAAAGGGUUGAUACGGUUACAUGAACUCUGUAAGAACUCAGCUGUACUUAAGGGAUUUUGAGAAGCUGAAAUACACAAAGGUAGUGAUUAAAGAGCAUGUAAAAUAUUAGUUGCAUUUCUGAAAAUGUCUUAACAGUACAAUACUUGCUUGAUUGCAUUGUUUAGGAAACGUAAUAACUGAACUUCAUCAUACAUGAAACGAACCGUGUGCCGCACUACUUCUGUUCUAGUAAUGGGUACCAUGAGACACUGCAGCAGUGUCGUGAUCCCAAAGCUGUGGUGUUUGUACCCAGGUGCUGACACUGUUGUGGAAGCUGCAGCACACAUUCCUCUGUCUCACUUUGACUCCCUGGGCCUGAAGGAAUGGGAGAGGAGCAAAUAACUUCCUCUGUUCUCACUGUGGAGAGUGGCCAAGAGGACAGAAGGCAAUGAGGGAAGCAAUUCUUACCUUUUCCCAGCCCAGCUUCUCUGAAUGUCAUUCAGCAAAAUACAUUCAACAAACAUUGUGCCACUGUGAUUGCACUUUUUCUUCCUUGCUGCCAGUUUAAUGAAAGAUUCAAAGGGCAUUGAGUGAGUGAGUGAGUGAGCUCACCAUUGAGUGAGCACGAGAGCUGGUUUUUGUCUUUUUCAGACGCUGCAUGACAAUGUCCUGUGUAUGUAAUGUGUGCUAUUAACUUCUUUAAGAAAGAAUGAUGCGCUAAUGAUGCACAGAAGCACAUGUACAUUCUGAUGGUCAGUAGGAUUCUUAAAGCUAUUUGGGAUUAAUGUACACAUUUGCUCCUAUUUGCUUGAAGACAAGAUGUUGCAGUCUAAACAAAUGUAAGCUGGGUUUAUGGAGAAUGGUAGAGAUGUGUAUGUAUGCAUACUCACAACUUUGUAAUAGCAUAGCUUUAUUUAAACUUAGUUUCUGUUGGUUUGCUUUGCUGAACACUACUACUACAUGUAAAAUCUUAAAGACAGAUGUAACAAGGAGCUCUUUGUAAUGCCACUGUUUAUACUUCUUGUUAUAAAAAUAUUUAUAUGGAAAAUACUUUGUUUUUCUUGCAGUUUUAGCAGCUGCUGGUUACUUGCCUUAAGUCAAAGCUCUGCUUCUCAGGGUGACAGUGAUUUUUAGGUAAAGGGUCAAUAGAGCAGUUUCAGUUGACUUCAGAAGAGAGUUCUGUUUUCUUAAUGUUUUAAAAUUUAAAAAGAACUGCUAUUUAUCUUUUGAAGGUAACGAUAUUUAAGGGUUGAAACUCUGAAUGAAAGAUUGUUGUUUUUCAGGAGAUGAGGUUUGCUCUUAGAAGACUUCAAGAAUGCGCAUUGUUACUCAGAUCACAUUUGGUAUGCCUGAAGUAUGCCUAUAGUUGUUUGUGUACACUGCAUUUUUUCUAAAUAAAUACUGCAGGAUCCACACUA